AUCCUCACUUUCAGAAGGGAUUUGCCACAACAACGAGGCUAAUAACUGUACUGCUUGUAUGGACCUUUAUGCUUUUUAUUGAUUACUUUCAUUUUUGCUGAUUAACAAAAAGCUACAGAAACCAUUUUGUUGAUGUGAACUGGAAUUUAUAGAUUUUGAUUUCUAGAGAAGGAAGGCAGCAAAGCAGCUACAAAUCUUAAACUGGUUAUUUGUAAUGUGAGAAAUAAUUUGAGUUUCGGGGGAGUUACAGAAAACCUUCCCGUCAUGGGUCAGCGCCUGAGCGAAGACAACGACCCCGACAAGGAAAUUGAUGUGGCAGAGCUGCAGGAAUGGUACAAGAAAUUUGUCGUGGAGUGCCCAAGUGGAACACUAUUCAUGCACGAGUUCAAGAGUUUUUUUGGUGUCACCGACAACAAGGAGGCCGCAGAUUACAUCGAGAACAUGUUUCGAGCCUUUGACAAGAACGGCGACAACACCAUAGAUUUUCUGGAAUACGUAGCAGCUUUAAACUUAGUUCUUCGAGGCAAAUUGGAACAUAAACUUAAAUGGACAUUCAAAAUGUACGACAAAGAUGGGAGUGGAUGCAUCGACAAAACAGAACUUCUUGAAAUUGUGGAGUCUAUUUAUCGGCUAAAGAAAGCCUGCCACGGGGAGCUGGAUGAAGAAUGUAAUCUGCUUACCCCAGACCAAGUGGUUGACCGGAUAUUUGAGCUGGUCGAUGAAAAUGGAGAUGGUGAGCUCUCGCUGGAUGAGUUUAUCGAUGGAGCACGCAGGGACAAGUGGGUGAUGAAGAUGCUGCAGAUGGACGUGAACCCCGGUGACUGGAUCAAUGAGCGAAGACGCAGUGCUAACUUCUAAGACUGGAGAUCACAUUGACCUUUUAUGUGACCAUGUUGAUUUUGUACAUACAAGUAUAUAAAACGGCAUUUUGGCAUAAAAAUAUAUGCACAAAACCUAGAUGUAUCCAUUGCUUUUGAAGGGAUUAUGUGUUUAUAGCAGUUGCACAAUCUGUGAAGCAUUGGUGCAAAUGAAGAACAGUGUAAAUAAUCGCUACCUAUUUUAUUAUAGGUUUGUUUUACAGCCAUAAAGCAGUAACUGUGUGUUCUAUUGAUUGUGUCAAGAAUUAAGCAUAAAAGUUGUUCAAUAAAAAAAAGUUGAAAGUUGG